AUGGCAGGAGGAGACGAUGUAGAUGCCGCUGAAAGACACAACAUCGUGGCAGACCUUUAUGCGCCCAACAAAUCCGCCCAACAGGCCGCCCACGACGAAAAGUCCAUGACCUUGAUCCAGGCAAUCAAACUCUACCCCAAAGCAGUAGGCUGGUCCAUCGUCCUAUCCAGCGCACUCAUUAUGGAAGGGUACGAUCUCGCGCUUUUGGGAAGCUUGUACGGAAGUCCACAAUUUAACAUGAAGUAUGGGAAGCUGAAUGCGAAGACGGGGAAGUGGAGUGUGCCUGCGAAUUGGCAGAGUGCUUUAUCCAACGGCGCCCGCGCCGGCGAAGUCCUCGGUCUCCUCCUCAACGGCUUCAUCAGCGAACGCUACGGAUAUAGAAAGACCAUGCUCGUCGCACUAGUCUCUAUGACCGCCUUCAUCUUCUUGCUCUUCUUCGCGCCAAACAUUCAAAUUCUCGUCAUCGGAGAAGUCUUAUGCGGCAUACCCUGGGGCAUGUUCCAGACGCUAACAACGCAGUAUGCGAGUGAGGUAAGCCCCGUGCAGUUGAGACCGAUACUAACGACGUUUGUCAAUAUGUGCUGGGUCAUGGGCCAAUUUAUCGCCGCAGGCGUGAACCGUGGCUGCGUUACACGGUCCGAUCAGUGGGCGUACCGCAUCCCUUUCGCUAUCCAGUGGAUAUGGCCCGUUCCCAUAAUGAUAGGUGUUACCCUCGCACCCGAAUCGCCCUGGUGGCACGUUCGCAGAGGAGACCGCGAGGGUGCGCGUACUGCUCUGCUUCGACUCACAUCUCCUGAGAGAGACUCGGAUUUCAAUCCAGACGACACGAUUGCCAUGAUUGAGUAUACGAAUGAGAUGGAGAAGGAGAUGUCGGCUGGGACACGCGCAUACUUCAUGCAAAAGGCCGGCCUCCCCACCAUCCAAUCUUUCAACAUGUCCCUUAUUUCCCUCGCCCUCGGUCUCAUCGGCACUACCCUCUCAUGGGUCCUGAUGCAGCGUCUCGGCCGCCGCACAAUCCAUCUCCUCGGCUCCUGUACACUCUUCGCCCUCCUCAUCAUCGUGGGCGGGUGUUCCUUCGCCCACACAAAAGCCAGCAACUGGGCCAUUGGCGGCCUGCUGAUCACUUUCGUUUUCAUCUACGACCUUACGAUAGGACCGGUCACGUAUGCGCUGAUCUCGGAACUGAGUUCCACGAGCUUGGAGAACAAAAUUGGAACUGGGGCGCCAGGACGGCGUUCUUCUGGGCGGGGACUUGUGGCUGUGUAG